GGGAAAAGUGGCAGCCGGAGUCCUGCCCGGACAGCGAGGCCCCAUGGUAUCAAGCGUGGGAAGACUUGCCCUGGGCCGUGGCCCCGUGUCGUGUCGUGCGUGCACCCUGCGGUGCUCGCUCUGCUCGCCGGCUCCUCGUUAUAACGUCUUGGGAGGAAGGCGUGAGGCACGGGCCCGGCCGCCAGGCGAGAACCGAGAACGAACGAGAGCUGCUAGUGCCAGCGAGGACGGAGGAUCGAUGGUGGCCAAGAAACCGAGGGUCGUCGUAGUGGGCGCGGGCGUGGCCGGGCUCGCGGCUGCGUGCCGGCUGUGCGCCGCGGGCGCGGACCGGUUCGAGGUGGCGGUCGUGGAGGCCGGCGCCCGCGCGGGCGGGCGGGUGCUCACGGCCGAGUUCGCGGGCCACCGCGUCGAGAUGGGCGCCACGUGGGUGCAGGGCGUCGACGGGAGCCCCGUGCACGCGCUCGCGCGCGACGCCGGCGCGCUCGGCGGCCUCGGCUGCGGCGGGAAGGACGGCGGCGGCGGGGAUGCCGCCAGCGUGCUCCCGUUCGAGCGCAUGGAUGGGUUCCCCGACCGCGUGCUCACGGUCGCCGAGGGCGGCGACGUCGUCGACGCGGACCGGGUGGCCGGGCCUGUCGAGGAGCUGUACAGGGGCAUGAUGGAGGCCGCGCGCGCCGGCGAUGCCGGCGCCGGUGGGGGCGUCGAGGAGUACCUGCGGCGCGGCCUCCGCGCGUACCAGGCGGUGCGCCCGACUCCUGCGGGAGCAACCGCGGGCGAAGCGAAUAAGGAGCUGGAGGAGAUCGAGGAGGCGCUGCUCGCCAUGCACAUCAACCGGGAGCGGACGGACACCUCCGCCGACGACCUCAGCGCCCUCGACCUCGCCGCCGAGGGGGAGUACCGGGACUUCCCCGGCGAGCACGUCACCAUCCCCAGCGGGUACUCCCGCGUCGUCGACCACCUCGUCGCCGCGCUACCGCCGGGAACCGUCCGCUUCGGCCUCCGCCUCCACCGGCUCGACUGGAGCGAGGCUCCCGUGCGCUUGCACUUCGCGGACGGCGCGCCGGUGAUCGCCGCCGACCACGUGAUCCUCACGGUCUCGCUGGGUGUCCUGAAGGCCAGCCUCGGCGGCAAGGACGCCUCCGCCGCGGGCGCCAUCGCCUUCGACCCGCCGCUCCCGCAGUUCAAGCGGGAGGCCGUCGCGCGCCUCGGCUUCGGCGUCGUGAACAAGCUGUUCAUGGAGGUGGAGCCUGCCGCCGAGGCGCCGGAACCGGAGGGCGGCGGCGGCCAGCCGCCGGAGUUCCCGUUUCUGCACAUGGCGUUCCGGGGACACGUGUCCCAGAUCCCCUGGUGGAUGCGCGGCACCGAGUCGAUCUGCCCCGUCCACGCGGGCUCGCGCGUGGCGCUGGCGUGGUUCGCCGGGCGGGAGGCCGCGCACCUCGAGUCGCUGCCGGACGACGAGGUAGUGCGCGGGGUCAACGCCACGCUGGACUCGUUCCUCCCGGGCCCGCCGCGGUGGCGGGUGAAGCGGGUCAAGAGGAGCGGGUGGGCCUCGGACCCGCUGUUCCUGGGGUCCUACAGCUACGUGGCCGUCGGGUCCAGCGGCGAGGACCUCGACCGGAUGGCCGAGCCGCUGCCUCGCGGGCCGGCCGCCGCCGACGGCCGCGCGCCGCCGCCGCGCGUCCUGUUCGCCGGCGAGGCGACGCACCGGACGUACUACUCGACGACGCACGCCGCGUACCUGAGCGGCGUAAGGGAGGCCGAGCGGUUGCUGCAGCACUACCAUUAACGCUGCAGCGAUCAAUUGGUUGAGGGCUUGUGCCAGCUAGCAGAUUUUCGUUUUUCUCUGUAUGUUUCUGCCGUUGUUUUGCUUGAACUGCCACGCUUGUCUUGUCCUUGUCGAUUGAGAGUUGAGCAACACACCGGGGGGAGCGGCGGCUGAUGCAUUCCCCGUCGGCGUCGUUUUCGGGCGCCGGAGUGAUAAUAUUAUUGACGUCUUCUCACCAA